AUGUACGAACAUAAACCCGAGAAUAUGGCCGACGAGAAGAAAGAACAGGUGAAGCGUGUUGCGGCGGAGAAGAAGGACCAGGCUGAGCGUAUGGCUGCGGAGAAUGGCAUUGCUAAUCCUUCGGGUGCGAUGAUUGCGGCUUUUGCGCCCAUGUAUCUCGCUGCCAUACCUCUUACCUCCUUCCUCACAAAACCGAACAGCGUUACACAAUCGCUGGUUCACGCGCUCAUCAAGUUGAUCCCUGGUGUCACAACAACAGCGAUAACAUCCGGUCGCGCGAUCCCCGCCCUCUCAGCUCUAUACAUAUUCUGGACCUUCGGCGCAUCGGGCGCGCUCUCCGCAGCAGGACAAGCCAUGGGACGCGAAGAAGGUCUUGAUCUGGAACAUUCGAGGAAGCAUAUUCACAAGCUCGAUGGACUGCCACUGAGGCUUAGGAGUGCGCAUUAUGCGCUUAUGGAGAACUUCCCUGGCUUCGCCCUUGCUGCCGCGCUGGCGCAGGUCCUUGCGCCUCGAGACGCACAGAUCGUGAACCUACUGGGCUACCAUGUCAUCGCCAAGUUGCUUGUGCAUUACCCGUCGUACCUGAGUAACGUGGCUCUACCGAGGACUGCUGCACAUGUCACUGCCACGGCGGCUUUGAUCAACAUCUGCUGGAGGUUGGCGGCUGGCAACUAG